CGAAACUUGAAAGCAGGCACUUUUAAUGUUGCUUGCAUGCGUAUCAUGAACAACGGACUAACAGGCUUGAAGAUUUUACAUGUGCAGACACAAAUGUUUUGGAGACUUUCACUUCGUGUGCUUAUGCUUUCUGCUGGUUUUUCGAUCGUUCAUGGACAAACGGCGGCUUCAUCGACACCGACCACGAUCCAAGCAGGUAUACACAUGUAUGGCAUCAAUGGCCUCUUGUUUAGUUGGCUUGUUUUCGAAGCAGCAGUAUACUUUUCGUCUCGAAGUAUUAAAGUGCCUCGAAUUCUUUAUAAAACAAGCGAACAAACAAAAAAAACUAGGACCUGCUAGUCCCAGUCGCCAAUCGACGCAAAAAUUUUGUGCUUAGCUGUGCAGACAUCAGACAAGAGUUAGAUUAAGUUCCGCACUAACUGCGUAAGCCGAAGAUCCGCUAGCCGUCACAGUGUCGUUUGCCGUUCCAUCCGCCGCGGUGUUUGUUAGUUUAAGCUUCCCGUUGAAACGGCAGAACUGGAAACUAGUGGCAAUAUGUACUACGAUAGUCUCGAAUAUUUGAAAAUUAACUAGGUACUAACCAUGGCUGUUGGAAUUAACUAAAUGUUUCCUUAUUUCUUAACUUUUCUUUUAAGCUAAGUGAAAUACGUAUGAUACACGGCAAGUGUUCUCGAUCGCCAUUCACUAUGGCGGGACAAGAUAAGCUUAUAUAGAAGGUUGCUAUCUUUUUUCGCUUGAAUUUGAAACUAUUUACAAAUAGCUUAAAAACGGUUUACCUGACUGUAGAGGGAAAAUGAUGAAAGAUGCAUAUAUAGCUAUCAAAACAAGCGAUCAAAUUGUAGAAAUCGGUACAAGUAGGCUUCAGAAAUACUCACGUUUUCGCGUUUCAUCCGAACGGCAACAAUUUGCACCUUGCGUUGAAACAGGGGCUGGCAAACAGCUACCCUGCGUAGAUCGAAGGGCCUCUGCUUGCAGGGUACCAAACAUCAGAUGCGGGAAAAGUCAGUUAACCUGGCCCUCUCUGCCGUUCGCGGGAAAAAAAGGGUGCUUAAUCUCUCUAAUUUAUGAACAAUGGUAGCAAAGAAAGUUAAAUUCACCUCUUCUUUGACAUGGUUGUGGCCGGUAAAAUCUGAAAAAUGGCCCAGGUUAUGCUACGUCUUCCAGAGGCAGAAGGACAGCGUAAAAGUGCAUUUGAUUCUUUAAAAUUAUUUACUAACGUAUAGCUUAAAAUCUGUGGAGAGCCUUAUCUGCUGUUGCAUUUAUACAGAGCUUAAUAACCAUGAUGUGAAAAAUCACCUGCUUCAAAUCGACAAGAGAGAAUACCUCAUUCUCUCUUGAUAUCGGUGUAUAAUUAACGGUUGGUGGGUAAAAUAAUGCACGAAACUCGUAGAAGCUGUCCAUGAGUAUGUUAAAGCCGAUCGGCGUGCCCUAAAAGAAGACACGAUAAUAAUGAUCAUAAGCUACAUGGACUUAAUUAACAGGUAGAGAAUUUAUCGUCAUUAAAAUAAUGCGACUGUAACAUGCUUUUCAAAAUAGUUAAAUGUACGUACAUUAUCUAUCGUAUCAAAUAAAUAGAAACACUGAUCUCGUAGGCAACCACCCCAAAAGCCAAGAUUUGUGGAGAAGUUGACAUUACGAGAGUUGUAUUCUCUCCUCUAGGAAUUCAAUUCUAUUUUCUUCUAGAGUAAACAAUAAGUUAUUCAAUAUCAGGGCGGUUGUUUGCAUGGGUCUAGGGUCCCUUUUGCACUUGCCCUUUUGCGGGUUUCGCAAUUUUUCUGUAAUUAUUAUUAUGAAAUCAUCAUCAUCAUCAUCAUCAUCAUUAUCAUCAUCAUCAUCAUCAUCAUCAUCAUUAUUAUUAUUAUUAUUAUCAUUAUUAUUACUAUGAUCAUAUAUCUGUUUUAUAAUUCUUUCUUUAUUAUUGAUUAUUUGCCCCCAAAAGGUGUUAAAACAAUGAAACAAGCUGACACUACAAUAUGUGCAGUGCCAUGGGUCUUCGUAUACUCUGAGUAGUGUAGUACACACAUUGACUAUGAGUUAAGCGGUCGCUUACAAGAGGUUAUAAAUAAUUGAAAAAUAUAUACCCGUAAGCCCCCAAAAGUGGUAGCGAUCGCUUACCAUAGGUUUGUACUAUAUUGCUUUGACUAGGAAAGUUUUUUGUUUUGGAUAAGUGCUUGCUUAUUGGAGGUGCUCCCUUAUGAUAGGUGAUCGCACAUGGUGGUCGCACAUGGGGCUUGUUUUUUAAAUUGUAUCUAUAAAAGUUAAUCUUUAUGACAGUGUUUAUGACACUGUAAAAUUACUUUGAUAUUAAUUUUGAUUUUACGUUUUAUAGAGGGCCACAAAUUUAUCAGUUUUAUCGUAACUGUCACGUGUUUACCCUCUUUAAAUAAAGGCCUUACCUUACCUUACCUUACUCUACUGAUUAAGAUUUUCCAAUCUUAAUAAUGCUGUGAAUGAAAAAAAAAUUAAGUGUCUUGAGUAGAUGUAAGGGGUGGUCGCUGAUGAUAGCUGGGUUGUUUUUACCUCCUAUAUUUGCAGCCCACCCGCGGUGGGGAAACUGGAGCCAGUGUCUUGGUAAAUGCAACGUCAAGUUUCAAAUAAGGAAGUGUGAAGAUAGGUGCGAGGAAAAAAAACUAGAGAUGAGAGCAUGUCCAGUUGGCGAUGGCUAUAAUUACUGCAGGAGUGAGUGACCUAUUAUGAUCUUCAAGUGAAGUAUCGAUAUUUAUUGUAUAAACUACAGUGUGUUAUAGGGAUUUUGGCUACUAAGAAAUAUCGUACGAGAACACGUGUGUUCUGAUAUCUAUUGGAAUAUUUACCUUUUGAGAUAAUUGAUCUAAUAUACAUAAUAAAUAGAAUAAUACACGGGAGCUUGGAGAUAUGAAAUAUAUCUUCUCGUGUUCCGCCUCUAUAUCGAUCUCACGAGUGAGCGCAGCGAACGAGUUGAACACUAGAAGAUAAAUUUCAUAUCUUCACGCCCCAUGAAUUAUUCUCGAUUUAGUAUUUACCAAGUCAGUCGAAAGAAAUGUUCGCGAGUUUUGAUUGACUUGACCGUAAAUAGAGAAUAUUACACGGUGGUGCGAAGAUAUGAAGAAUACAUAUCAAGUGGCAAAAACAACAUCAAGGAGUGAGAUACAAAACUGUAAACCCAUUAAAAAAAUGGAAUUUUUAUCCAAUCUAGUUUGUACUUUAAAACAACUAUCACCGUCAGGUGCAUACCGUAAGAUUGUUAUCGAAGCGUUUUCAAAUGACGUCACGGCGGCAGUAUUGGUGUUCCAAAACAAUGAAACGGCGGCCAUGUUGGUGUACCAAGACAGCCCUGAGGAAGUUGAACUCUUUUCUUAUGUAAAAGCUUUCUUUUGUCCCAAUAAAUAAGCAUAAAUGCUGGCCACGUACGCGAAAACGCUGAAUAUGUUUCUUGUGGUCUUGACGCUGCACAUUGUUCUAUAGCAUUCCUAUAAUUUUCAUCUUACACCUUCAGGGAGUUCCCAACAUAAACUCUUGCACCUUCGGUUUUCUCUUUGGUGUUUGCCACCUUUCAUAACCAGUCUCCUCUGCUAACCACUGCACGGUUGUAUAGUAUCUCCAACAUUUUUUGACAACCAUCGAGUGUCAGUAUAACUUAACUCCAUAAAACACGAAGCUCAAGCAAUGACCAGAAUCGGAAGAGAAAGAGGCUGAGUAGACUAACUGAAGUCACAUGACGUCAUCUGUCUUUCUUUAAUCCUUUACUCGUUCCCAGUCUCUGGGACAUUUUUAGAAGGGAAAAAAAGGAGUGUUUAGAUGACCACAAUUCAGGAAAUUUCUUUGGGCGACAUAUUGUUGAAGUUCACAGUUGUUAAUUAAACUUAACUAAAGACAAAGAUCAAUUUAAAAAGUUUUCUUGUCAUAUACACUUUAAAGGUGGACAAAGGAAGUGUUACACAAAGGGGUAAACGGCUGGGGUGCUGAAAGCUAGCGAAUUUGUAAAGGUAAUAGCAUAAUUUGUGGUGAUAUUUCGAAAUUGUUUUACGUGAUUUCACGAGCCGUUAAGUGAGUGAAAUUUGAGACAAUUUUGAAAUAUCACGAGUAGUAUUUAUGCCCAAUAGCACAUACAAAUCAUGCUAUUAUUUGUUUCGACCACUACCAGCAAAAGUUUUGUAAUUUUCACACAUAAGUAUUAAGCUGAAAUACCACUACUCUAAGCCGAUCAAACUGCAGUAAUUUCUCCUGUAGUAGUAUAAAAUUGAAAGGCCACCUAAGGCAUGAAUAUCUAAUUAAAUAUGCAUAUAUUGAUAAAAUGCUAUUUAGAACGGUUUGCUUCUAUCAAUGAUCCUGAAAAUUGAACUUCUAAAGUUGCAUAAUGGCCUUAGCAAUAUGAGACCGCAUUUUAGAGGCUCAAAUUCUCGUCACGUGACUGAUAAUUGAGAAUUAACGGUCAAAAUAUUUACUCUAAAAUGGGGAAAGGAUAAUGAAAGAGCAACAAGUUCUUUUAGGUACAUUUCAGAGGCUUUUAAAAUAUUCUGAAAAAUUCGCCUUGUAUGUGUGAUUGCCUUGUAUAGGAAUCGUUAAAUCGUUAAAUCGUUAAAAGGGAACAGGGUCACGUGACUUAUUAAUUAGUUUAAUAGCUAAUAGGAUAAAUAACAUUUCCAAUCAUUCAAGGAAGAUUUACGAUUUACACUGUUCAUGUAACAUUUUGGUUGUGAAAAUUCCUAAGAUUAAGGUUUGCACCCCUUCUCCAUUAAGGAAAAUGUGUUUUGUGACGCCGUUGACGAAGCAAUGUCACGUGUUGUUCUAAAUCACGUUUCACCUGUUUUUUUCGUUGAGCCACAUUUGUAGUUCACUUUUCAGGAUCACUGAUGAAAGCAAACAAAUAUGAUGCAUAUUCAAUUAGGUAGUCAUGCCUUUAAGUGGCCUGAGUGACCCUUGUUUAUCAUAACUGGGUUUUCCUUUUCAAGGCUACAGCAUCAAAAGUCUUCGUGAAAAUAAUCCUUCCGGUACCAAAUUGUCCCUUAAAGUUAACACGUCAAAUGGAUGGAGACCAUUUUGCCACCCAACAUGGGAUAAUAAACUUGCUCACGAAGUAUGCCGCGUCAAUGGUUUUCGCGAAGUCCUUGACUCAGAGGGAAGUGAUCGUGACAAGUGUUCCGAGAAUGAAGAUGCUAACAAGAUGGACUGUUAUAACCUGACGAUCUUACCAACCUGCAACGACAAGAAAGCCUUUGUUAUAUGCAAAGAUAAAUCCUCAUCCAGUGAGUACUUUAUGUAUUAAUGAGGUAGCGCUGAAAGAAAGAAUGAAAGAAUGAAUGAAUGAAUGAAUGAAUGAAUCUCAGACAUUCCUUCAGAAAUUUAGAACGCUUAAUCAAAAUGAGAAAACUAAUUUGAUCCGAGCUUAGUUUGAUUCUAGCAAGUGAUUCUAGCCUGAAGUAAGGGCGAAAAUCAGUUCUUUAAUAUUUAGCAUUCACAAGAAUGAUCUCUCUUGUCGCUUACCUCCAUGCAGUCACUGUCAGAUUUUCCACAAACCUAGAUGCUUUCCAAAAUUUUUCCCUUAAUCACUGUUUUUUAAAUCUUAAUUUCUUUAAGUUUCGUAUCCAACCUUGCCUAUUACGUAUACUUACAGUGCCCAGGUUUUUUAACUUUGCAUAUGCGGGACAUCAGAGGUGUGAUAAAGCGAACAUAAGCACUGUCAUAGGCGCGUACCGCGCUCUUUACAAAGGACUGCUAAAGACUGGACCUGACGACGAACUUUUCAUGUGACAAAGCAAACUUAGUGAGUUAGGUUCAUAAAAAGUUCGACGUCUGGCUCGGUUAAGUUCGUCUGAAAGAGUUUGGAUCGUCCAACACGUUCUUUCCGUCUUUUUCAGACAGAUAGAACGCCUGAUGGUCGUCUCCGGGGCAAACGUCGAUCCUCACAUUCGACGAACUAAAAGAAUAAUUUUAAAAUUUGUAUGAUAAUGUGUACUGAUUUAACCUCAUUCGGGGAAAAUUUGUUAAAAUUGCUAGCUUUUUGGUCUGAUUCAGUUGGAUGGUUCGACGCGUCCCGAGUUUAUAAGUCAAUAACGCAAAUUUCUGGCCAAAAUCUGUGGUUCUCAAAAGAGACGAUUAAACGCUUUUCUCUCAUGUUAACCAAAUUUUGAUUUGGUAGGUGUGGACUCCGCCUGUUUCAACGUCCAUUGCGCAAACGGAGGAAAAUGUCUUAAUGAGACGUGCCAGUGUUUCAAGGGAUUCACAGGUCAUUUGUGCGAAACAAAAGGUAACCAGCUUCUGAGGCCGUUCGUUAUGGCAAAUGUAAAGCCAUUAAUAUUCAGUAGGCAUAUAGUCCAAUUGACAGAUUUAAUCACGUGACCUUUAUACGCUAUAAAUCUCUGAAACUGAAACGGCAGGGGAGGUCUUUGAAUUCAGCCUCAGGGGAAAUACGAGGUUGAAUGACUGCACAAUGGUAACCUGAUUAGGAUGAACAUUUAACAGAAAGAAUACUAAUAAACAUGAAAUUUUAUAUUGACGGUCCUUCUAAUUAUCAAAUAAAUAAAAAGAAAAAAAUAUGACAAAAUUUGUCUUUAAGAAAAAAUUAAAAAAAAGAAGUCAUUUUUAACCGAGCAAAAAACCGUUGACAGGGAAGAACUUAUUAUAAAACGAAAUAGGAAUUUUUCUAAUCAAAAAAAGGACCAAACCGCGGUCCAUGUGACCAUUUCACAAGAAGGACUGGGCGAAAUGAGUCACAACUAAACAAAAUUUAAUACUUACCAUACUAGUUUGCAAUUCCGUAAAAAUUAUCAUCGUUCAUUACGCAGCGCUGCACUUAGAUUUAGCGACACUCUAUUUGAGCAAUUUUCCCCUCUUGUUCAGCGGGUUAGCUGUAAAAUUCUUUCAUUUGGAUAACCGUAUUGCGAAGGCAAGUAGACCCUUAAACUCACUGUUAAGCUGUUUACUUCAGUUGCAUAAUACAUUUGCUUUAAUAAGUAUUUGAGCCUAACAAUUGUUUUUUAGUGCUGUUUUUGUUUGACUUUGUCAAUCAAAACGUUUUAAAGCGAAAAAUGCAUUUUUAAGAUGAAAUACUCCGGAGAUGUUUUUAAAACUGUUGAAAGCACUCAGAGCUCGUGAUUUAUCACUGGUUGGUUAUUCUCACUUCCGAAGAAUCAGUCCCCGACAAAAGACGCCUUGAAAAGCGUAGCCAUAUUUCAAAAGAACAUUAAGCAAUAACAAAAGUCGACAAAAGUAAUGCUGAUUUUUAAUUCAGUUAGUACUAAUCAUGCUAUUCAAACUCAGACUAGUUUUGUAAUUAAAGUGCGAUCGUUGUUACGCUUGCAGAUAUAUCCUUCGAUAGCAACAGUAAUGAAGAAAGUAAAGACGAAAGCUCCAAUAAAACAGCCGUAACUAUAUCACUGGGUGUUGUAGCAGCAGUCUUAAUCCUCUGUUUGGUAACAUUACUGCUUUACCACAUUCACAAGAGACGGGUUGCAGGUACGUUUUCAUGUGUGCAUACACAAUUGACAGAAUGGUAUGAAUUGUGCAAAUCGCACUUUAAGGUACUAAAUUGAACAACUACUUAAGAUUAAAUGCAUUAGUAAAGUACAUCAAUAUGCCUCCAUACUGGACUCUAAUAAGUCUUUAGUUAUAGAGUGUUUUCACUCACGUGGCCAGCAUCUAUGCAAAUUUAUUGGAACAAAAGAAAGCCUUUGCAUAAGAAAAGAGUACAGCUCCCAGAGGAUUGGUUUGGGACACCAACAUGGCCGCCGUUUCAUUGUUUUGGGACACCAAUAUGGCCGCCGUGACGUCAUGUGAAAACGCUCUAUUACUUACCGAAAGUUAGGACAAAUUAUGCAAAAUUUAAUAUCCGUUUCAGUGGGGCUAAACUCUGAAAUGCUAUUAAAGAAGAUCUCAAAUUCGCUUUAAAAAGCUUUUAACUUUAUAUGCAGCUAAUUGUGUGCAAAGCCGUUGUUUUGUCUUGAUUCUUUGUUUAUUCGUUUAUGUAUUUGUUUAUUUAUUACAGCUUAUAUAUUUCUUCUUUGCGUGCAUUUGUUUAUUUAGAACAACUUUGAUAUCUAGUUACUUCUCCGCAUCGCCCAGCCACUCAGCGUGAUUAGCUUUUGCUAUUUCUGAGUGGCGGUGAUCUCUUUUUUUCACAAUUAUUUCCUUUUAAUGUCUUUACACUUUUUGUAUCAAGAGCACAAUGAAAAUUGUUGUUGUUGUUACGCGUUUGGCGCUUGAUCGUCUCCAACUCCAACUCCUUCAAUCUAAAGAAGGGAUACCAUUGGGUGGAACCUUAAGGGCAACUGUUACAAUUGUUGCAAUGACAGCUAUAAAUUUUGUCCAAGCUUUGCCCUCGACCGUCUUCAUAAAAUUUUGAAUAUCCUUUGGCGCUUGCUUGUCUCCAAAUCCUACAAUCUAAAACAGGGAUACCAUUGGGCGUAACCUUAAGGCAACAGUUGCAAUUUUUGCAAUAACAUCUAUAAAUUUCGUCUAGGCUUUGCCCUCGAACGCCUUCAUAAAAAUCUUGAAUAUCUUUUUCACUGCCAUUGUACUUAAGUAUUGUGUCUAUGAUCCAUUUAAAAGCUCAAGCUAACGGCGGCUUACGAGGACUUCCAGACAACCUUCAACUUGAAAGGUAAGCAUAGUCCAAAAAGGAUUUUCUCUAAACUUGAAAAGAUUACUGCUAACCUCUUCCUAGGCCAAUUCCCGGGAUGAGAGUGAGCGGAGGAGGCCUGGCACCAAGCCCGAAAAUUUCCCAAUAAAUUUGAUGGGUGACAUCACACUCAAACCAUUGCCAAAAAGACUGGAGCGAGGCUGAGCUUUUGUAGUUGUGGAACAGCGAAGGUGGAAUUUUACCCUCUUUCCAAGUUUCUCCGUUAGCACGGAAGCCAAAAUCUUGAGAACCUGAAAUUUUGAGACUUAAAAGGUCGUUAAAAUAAUCUGACGCGCUUAGGUAGUUGGCGCGAAUAUGUGGAGUUUAUGUGGUGUGAAAGUUAUAACUGGACUUCAGCUAAAUGCCGUCGUAAAGAUCAAUGUAUAUCAAACUAAAGAUGGUUGUCAUGAAAACGAAACAAACCUUGAAAUAUCAGACCGCCGUUCUGCUGGAUAAAUAAACUUCAGAAACAAAAGAUAUGUAAAACAUGCAUUCAGGGUCAAAGAGAACCUUUGUCGGUAUUUGAUGUUAAAUUCAGCUGAUAGAAACCAUUCAGGUAUAGUCCCUAUCAUGAUGAACUCGACUAAUUCCGAACUACUGCAAAUAAAGAGCUGGGUUAUUAAGUAAUAACGAUCAACUAUCUUAACAAUAUGCUGUCGAGUUCUAUUUAGCCUUUUUCUUGCCUUCUGUCUUUGCUAAAAUGUAUACUAUACUUUUCUAUUUGAAGCAGCUGGACAUUUAAUAAGAAGGUCUGAUUCGUCCCCAGUCGUCUUCGUGUAACGCGCACGGCGGGAGCAGGGGGUAAUGGGAAGGGAGAGGAGAGAAAGACACUCUCCCUCGCUUUUCUCCUUCCCAUCACACCCCUGCGCCACUAGGAAGAGGGUACGAGAGACGACUGGGGAUCAGCCAGUAGUGAGGUAACAAUCACUGAGGAGAUUAUUUUACUACUUGGUCAUUGUUGUUGCUUAUUGCUGGUUUUCAGUGUCACGCCAUUCAAAAUAGAUCAAAACAAAAAUCAAAACCAUUCGACAGAUAAAGUCCAGAAUCUGAGAACUGAAAGGAGGUAAAUAUACAAAGACCCUCGCCAAGAUUUGGGUCGAAGGAAUAAUUCGCAUACAAGAUACCCGUGGAAACGUUUUACCCAAAUUUAUAGAGCUUUGUGUAGGGACGCCAUGCUGGAGUUCAUCCGGAUGAGCUCCAACAUGGCGGACGGAAACCAACAUAAAUAUCUGUUACCGAGUUUUGCUAUAAAAGCCUGAAUUUACUCCUAGAGGAACUCAUAAACAUUAAAGUAAUACUUUUUCUAAUGCAUUGAACUGUUUAGAUAGCAAGAUUCCUCGAAAAAAGUCACUUUUAAAACCUAAAUGACAGCUCUCUCGGCCGUCAUGUAAAUGCUGCGUCACGCAAAAGCUUAGAAAUUCAAGCGUACUCUAUUACAAAACCAAGAAUCCUCUUGAAGCGAAAAUUUGUUUGAAAAUUCGUUUUCAGCUGCUUUAAUACACCAUGAAAGUAAAAUCUCAGUACGAUCGAUAGUUUUGUAGUUUGAAUUUUAGUGACGUCAUGUGAAAACCAACAAUUAAUUUUUUGUUUUUCCUUAGCACGGUAAAUGGCUCAAACAAUACUAAUAGAUACCUCUCGGUGACUCCAUCGCGUUGGGAAGUGUCCUCAAAGCAAAUUGAUCUACAAAACAUUCUUGGAAGUGGUUCAUUCGGUGAAGUGUGGAAAGCCAGGGCUACUGGAUUAAAAAGAAUCCCGGGCGCGACAACAGUGGCUGUAAAGAAAUUAAAACGUAAGACAUUAUUUGCAAUCUGUCUUCUGUGGAAUUUAGUUCAGUUUUUAGAAGAGCACUUCACACAAUAAAACGCCUGCCUCGUACCCAGACGUCUCUCUAUCGUUAAAAAUGUGAGCGCUAAGGCAGUCGGGAAGGAGACAACGGGCGAGACGUCUGGGGCUUCGCCUGCCGUCUUUACCCUUCCCACGGUCCCUUGCGGUUCAUCACCAGUCACUCGCGUUUCCAGCUCGCCUCUACUAUGCGAAAAACGAAGUGCCUGAGGAGGAGGCUGAUAAAACGCAACAAAGAAUCAUAAAGGUUUUUUAUUUCUAGUGAAUCUGUCAUUUUGUUUGUCAAGUUAAAAAACGUACCGCUAAGUCUUUCAUAGAGAAAAACUAUGCAGUACUAGUCUAAGCCUGGGGACGAAUUUGAGUCUAAUCCUGUCUUAAACUUUUUACUAUUUCUGGGCCACAUGUAAUUCCAUAUUCUCGAAAGAACUGGUCGAUCAUCAAAAACAAAAAAAAAAUCCCCAUUUUGUAAUUUUGUAGGUAAUAUUCCAUGACCCAUCUUUCUUGAUUUAUCAGGUUUCAUCAUUCAGAGAGACCUCUAAACAUACUGAGAGUAUGUGGGAAAAAAGCUGUUGCCAGAUGCAGGCAGAAAUCACUUUUGCCCGUUUUAUCAUCAUUAUCAUUAUUAUUAUCAUAAUGUUAUCAUUAUCGUUAUCAUUGUCAUGUUAUAUUAAUAUCGUGUCAUUUAAUUUCAGAUAACAGUUCUGGCACAGAGAGAGAAUCAUUGGAGAAAGAAAUCGAGCUGGGAAUAUCGUUGGGAGGAGAUAGGCAUCCGAACAUUGUCAACUUUCUGGGACAUGUGUCAAAUUUCGGUAAGAAAAUUAUCGUGAAGAGUUUGUCACUUGAUAUGAUGGCUUUUAUUAAAUGACCCCAUGGAACUGGGAUAAAAUAAAAAUGACAUUCCAAUGUGCUGUUCUGUUUCCUUUACAUCUCUAUUUUUGAAGGCUUGUUUAUGGUAGCCGGCCGUUUGGCAUACUUACUAAAAUUUCAUUUUCCUACUUAAUUUACAGUUUACAAAGCUGAUUCAAGCAACUUUGUUAGAUUUUACAAUUAAGACUUCGUUUAUCCUUUGAUGAAGGCUAUCAAAAGGUUCCCGGAUCGAUACUUCUUGGUGUAUUUUCGACCAUAUUAUAUAAGCUAUGUUAUGUCCAAAAAUGUAUCACUAGUACUAUGUCAUAACACUUAACUCCAAAAAAGAGUUAUUUGGCAAAUACAACGUAAAUACAUGCUGAAAAUCUUCCAUAAUUUCGGAGUAAUUUCCGGAGGGGGUACUCCCUUACAACAGGCUAAUAGGGAUGGGGUCGCAUUUUCAAGACUGGAGUGACUAUAAUGGGGUCGCAUUUUCAAAAGAUUUACUAGAAUGGGUUCGCAAAUUUUCGGAUUUUGGGGAUAAGUAGGGAGUCAAAAUGGGAAGAUUCUCGGUUAAAAAAUCAGAAAGUUGUUGUUUAUUAAAUUUAACAAUAAGCUCGCAUUGACCGCGUUACAUUUCACCGCUUAAAACAACAUUGAUAAGGUAGAUGCAUAAAUAGAAAGUGACUACGUUGGGACCGCGAAAAUUACAUUUUCCAAAAAGUGACUAAGAUGGGGUCUAUAAUUGGCCAAAAAAUAGACUAAAAUGGGGGAGGGGCUCUGAGAGGCCAGCGGCACAUACCCAGCAAACAUUAACCCAAGUACCCCCCGGGAGUAAUUCAGUAUUGAAAAAGGCGACAAUUGCAGUCCAAGAGACCUGAAGCUUAAAAUCUAAGUUAACCUUAAUUCACCAAUGACUCUGCAAUCUCUAUAUGUAUAGGUAAUAGCAUGAUUUGUAGUGGUAUUUGGCAUAAAUACCACGAGUGAUAUUGCUAACGGCUCGUGAAAUUUGAGACAAUUUUGAAAUAUCACAAGUGGUAUUUAUGUCAAAUAUCACGUACAAAUCAUUCUAUUAUUUGUUUAUACUACUACCCACAAAAGGGUUGUAAUUUUCACAUGUAGGUAUUUCAAAUUAGGCUGAAAUACUACUGCUCUAAGCCAAUCAAAUUGCAGAAAUUUCUCAUCUAGUAGUAUAAGUAUCUUAUUUUAAGGUCCAAUGAUGUUAAUUCUUGAGUACGUACCAUACGGAGAUUUACUUGGUUAUCUAAGGAAUAGCCGAGGAAUGGAGGACAAGUACUACAAUAGUCCAGAGUGCUGCCAGAAGGAAGUGACGUCAUACGAUUUGCUCUCUUUCGCGCAACAGAUUGCAUCUGGCAUGAGCUUCCUAGCAUCUAAAAACGUACGUGUUUCAGAGCUAUGAUUUCCUUAGGUUUUUUGAUUAAUUUUUUCUAAGCUACGUCUGCUAGUCUAGGUUUGUGACCAAACUAGGGCGGGGGGGGGAGGGGGUAUUUUCAUAUAUCGGCUAGAAAGGCAUGUGCCCCCUGAUAGAGUACUGUUUUUGACGGUCUCCAUCCUUAAAUAGGGUAUCAAUUUUACCCUUGUCAGUUUUGUGUUCCCGGUGUGAUCCUUAGAUAGGGUACCGUUAUUAUUAUAAUAUCAGCUACAAUUUGAGUGCGUAAAUGCACAGCUACGCGAUAAACAAAUCAUCAUCUUCUUGUUACAGUAUUAUGAAAGCUUUUAAAGAAAGAUUUGUGUGUUUUCUUUAGACUCUUAGUUCUAUUUUUCCUUGACAUUGCUUAAACUGGGUCUCAUUUUUUAGGUUUGGCCUUUAAAUAGAUCAUCCCAACACGCUUGUUUGUCCCAACCUUUAAAUAGGGCCAGGGUUUCAGACCCUGAGCUGCACACACCUAUCUGACCUCUAGGGGUCAUUUGCACGCUCGGCAAACGUAUUAUGGUUGUAAGCGUUGUCUUGUGUUUUGCGACCAAUAGAUUCUUCACCGUGAUUUGGCUGCCCGAAAUGUGCUUGUUGGCAAAGGUAUGAUUUGUAAAAUCGCAGACUUUGGACUGGCUCUUAUCAGGGAUAAAUAUCAGUAUCUCUACUGCACGGCGCUGCGAAAGGUAGGCAUCCGACAUUGUCAGAGGACAGUAAUCGUACUCAUAGAGAUUUGUGUGUGGGUGUUCUUUGCAAAACAUCUUGAAAAGGAAGUUAUACAUUAAAUUAGGGCUCUAUAUAGUAAAUUAACAUAGUACUGGCAUAUUUAUUUUAUUCGGUUAGACUGUUUCUUAUUUGUUUUCGCCUCUUGAUUUAUUUGACAGGGCCGAUUGCCAAUCAAAUGGACUGCCCCAGAACAUUUAUUUAAUGACUCACAGGACCAGGACAUGAGAGUGUCAGAAAAAAGCGAUGUGUACGUUUGAGAUAAUAGCCCCUUUACUGCUGGUCAGUCACGUGGUACAAAACCGCCAUAUUGGAGAAGAGCAGACGCACUGGGAGAAGACAAAGAGAAUUACCAUUUUAUAUGAUGUGAGCUCUUUGCUUGUCGUGUCCCAAUGCGUCCUUUACUCUCAGCAUCGCUGUUUUGUUCUACGUGAACGACCAGCUUCAAAGGGCCUACUAUUGGAUAAGGCUAAAGAUGUUUCGAAGAAUCAUUCAUGAGCGAAGACUGUCCAGUCUGUCGAAACCAAAGCACUCCUCGAAGGAAAUUAGCCAAUCGAUUUAAGCUAUUAUUUCUCUCCUUUUCCCAGUGAAUUCAUAAAGAGUCACGGUAACUGUUAAUGCAAUGGGCGGAUCAGAUUAUGUUUCCAUUUCAGACAGACUGGGGUUCGCAGUAAACAAAGCUGAAGCUGCUUUGAAAAUCAUAGUAAUAUUCCUUGUGAGAGAUCUAUCAUUGCUAUUCAUUGCUAUUCACUUUUCCAGUUUCUAAUUACUUUUUCAGGUGGUCCUAUGGUGUUGUUCUUUAUGAGAUCUUUACUUUAGGUAAGUCGUCAGCUAUCAUUCACCAAGGUGACGUCGACGAGCUUUCUGUUUUGUAAUAAAAAAGGUUACUCCGGAGAGGACUUGUAAUAUCUUUCCAAAGACAAAUAAAAAUAUAACAUUGUGUUUAGUUUGAUCACCGAUUUCUGACCCUUGAAUGUCUAUCCGGUCCUAACAUAACUCUUCUUUAAAGAUUGUGAGAAAAAAAAAAAAAAGAUAGAAAAAGGGAGCCGGGAAUUCUCUCUUGGCAUGACCAAAGCUGGUCGAGCGACUGUUUACUAAGCUUAUCGUAGCAGCUUUCCGCCUAUCAAUUUUAUCUUGGACACGAUGACUUAACCCUAUUCAUCCGGGCUUUUUUUUGCUUCCAGCGACCGACGUGAGGGGCUUCGGAGGGCACGCUUCAGUCACGGCCAACAAAAUUGCACAGGAUAAUGCACUCAUCAUUUCCAUCAUCUAGACAUAACUAAUUGACUUGAUUAACACAAUAACCUAAUUUGACGUCAUUUUGACGUCAUAUUGCUGAAUUUAAGGGCAAAAUCAAAAUUCCCCUCAAAGUAGCCAUAAAGCGAAAUAACGUUAAAAAAAGGUGUCUGCAGUAACAUCAAGGACUAUUAACCAACACAAUGAUCUUUAACAAUAGCAAUGAUGUCAUGACGAAGUCAUUUGUUAUUAAAGAAGGAACUGAAACCAUCCACCAUCUUGGAUCCAACAUUUUGAGUCAAUUAAAUGUAUUCCAUUUUAUUUAUAACUCGUGUAAGUCUUGGAAAUCGUGAUAGGAAAUUUCCUCUGUGCAUAAAAGGACGCUUAAGAAGCAAACUAAUCUGUAACUUCUGAAAUUCCGAAAUAAAUAAAAACUGUUGGAAACUGAAACCAGCAUCUGCCAUUUGGUCAUGAUCAUUUUCAAUUCGUGUUAUUUUUUUCUUAAAUUAGUCGCUAAAAAGCCUGUAUUACAUGCAUUAACAGUUAUCAUAAAUUUGAUAUAAUAAUAGUAAAUUAAGUGUAAUAUAGUAAUUCGAUGGAAAAAAAAAAAUGCAAAGUUUGAAAAACAUGGCCGUCAAAAUUUGGUUGUCCAUGGGAACGUCAAGGUUGACGUUCACGUCACAAUGACUUUAAGAUGUCCCCAGAUAAUUUUAUGAAAAGCCGCUCAGUUUAGGGGUCUUAGCUUGAACGGUUUUAAAUUUAUCCAGAGCGGAGGAAGCUGUAAAAGGCACCCAUGAAUAUGUGUAAAGCAUAGAGGCCAGGCUGCUCAGCGUGAUCCAAAGUGGCGGCUGCUGGUACUGUAUUAUUUUUGCAUGGAAAUUUUGUUAGGAUAGGAUGGAAAUUUAAGGCUUGAAAAGAAAGUGAACGUCGGUGUCAUCCCAUGGUUCCGUUAAGGGCUUUCGUUUACGCAAGUCGCUCGUUUCUUUGCUUUUUUUAGGUGGAAUGCCAUACCCCGGAUGGAAUGAAUGGAAAGUUGUGUAUGAACUGAAGGUGAACAAAUAUCGAAUGAGUCAGCCAGAACACGUCAGUGAUGAGCUGUAAGUGUUUACCUAAACCCACUUGGUUUCAAUUUUUACAUUUUUCAAGAGUAAACAGGGAUACCCUGAUCAAAUGACGUUUUAACCACCCAAAUUACAGUGUUCUGAAACCUUGUUUUUUCCCUUUUCAGAUCAUGCUUUCCUUACCUUCCACUAUGCUUGCUUGCCGUAAGGCACUCCUUUCGUUGUAAAAAAUAAUUACCUUCAUCCCGUGUUAAAGGAAAAGCUCUAUUACUCGAACCCGAAGUUAUUUCAAAAAAUUCACGUGAAUAAAAUAUUGAUGAAAUAGAUAGACAAACUAUAUAAAAGUUAUACACGACUCAGAACGAUGCUUACACUAUACGGGAUCCGGACAGCUUUUGCGUCGGCACAAAAACCACCCUGUAUAGAGCUUUUGUUCACACAUAAGAACGCUGAUUUUGGCGCGAUUUCUGCAUGGAGUGAAUAAAACGAUUUCUUGCAUAAAUCAACUGUAUUUACGAAAGAUAAACAUGAUGAACAAACUACAAGAAUUUACAACACAAGCGAAAAAAACACAUGUCCGAAAAACUAAAGGGGGGUCCGAGCUCCUCAAGACUAACUUAGGGCCUAGUUCCCACGCUUCCGAACAAUCUAACAGAAUAUAAAAUUUCAGUUCCGAACAUCCUCCCGCCCGAUGCAGGGAGUGCAUCUUCAAACUGAUCAAUAAUGUUCUCAUCAAGUUCAAUACUUGUCAACGUUACUUUGUCAGUUCAAUCAAGUUCAGCAGCUAGAUCAGCAUCACAGGCUUCAAAAAGGUGUAGCAGUUGCACUGGACGACGGGUAACACUUCCAGAUGUCAAUCGCAAGGUAACUGAUCGGAUAAGACCAUCACGACCAGGAUGGGUGGCUUCCACGCGUGCACGUUUCCACUGACCUAGAGCUAAGUUAUCUUCGCUAACAAGGACCAAGUCACCUUUAUGUAUCUCGCGACCAACUGUAAACCAUUUCUUGAGGGGUAUCAAAGAUCUCAGAUACUCAGCAUGCCAACGCUUCCAAAAUCCAUUGACAAGUUUUUGAUGGUACUGAAAACGUUUAGUGAUGGCUCUAGAAGUGUGUUCGGAAACACGGGUGUCCUUAGCUGGAGACGCUUGAAGAUUUCUCCCAAUGAGAAUCUGAGCAGGGGUAAUCACGCUGUAGUCCUCAGGGUCUGCACUAAGGUAAGUAAGAGGACGACUGUUCAGCUGCGCCUCAAUUUCAGCUAAAAUGGUGGUCAGCUGUUCAGCAUCCAACAUUGCUUUGGCAAAGAUUUUCUUCAGAGGUGUCUUUACACUCUUCACAAGACGUUCAUAAAACCCACCCCACCAUGGGGAUCUCUCCACGAUAUGCUUCCACUGAAUCUUCCUUUCAGACAAUGCGACUUGAGUUUUGUCAGCUUCAAGUACUCUCCAGCAUUGCUGCAAAUAUUUAUUAGCACUCUUGAAUGUUUUGGCAUUAUCUGACCAAAUAAUACUGCACAUGCCUCUUCUUGCCACCAUUCGCCUCAAGGCAAGGAGAAACCGUUCCGCAGUCAUGUUGCUCACUAACUCUAAGUGUAUUGCACGGGUAACUGCACAGGUAAAUAGACAGAUGUAAGCCUUUUCGCCACUGUCUUUUAAAAACAAUGGACCAGCAAAGUCCAAACCAACAUUAGUAAAUGGCGGUGCAGGUUUGAUCCUGUCUUCAGGAAGUGGUGCCAUCUUCUGCAUAAACGUCUUUGUAUGGUAAUGGCGACAAACUAGGCAGUUCUUUACUGUCUGGCGGACUGUUGAUCUUCCUUUGAUCAACCAAAAUUUCUGUCGCAGGACUGAUAAAGUACACUCAACACCAGCAUGGAGUUCACGGCAGUGAACAUCUUCAAUCAGGAGCUUCACAACAGGAUGGUUGGAAGGCAAGAUAAUGGGAUGCUUCUCCUCUUCCGGUAAUGAAGACUUAUGAAUUCUUCCUCAAACGCGAAGUAAGCCACUAGUAGCGCACAGAAAUGGAUUUAAAUUUACUAGCUUACUGUCCUUCAAGUGACCACCAUGUUUAGCCAACGAAGCUACUUCGUCAAAACUUGUUUUCUGUACAUGGGCUAUCAGCCAUUCUUCUACCUUUCGUAUCUCUAGUCCAGUUAAAGGAGUUGAAAGUCUCUCUUCUUCUUUCAACUUCGAGUUGCGAAUGAAUCUUCUGAUCCAUGCAACAGUUCUUAACAAUCGACUGCACCUGCUGAACCUGGCAUAGUCAAUAAAAGGUUCUCUAGUUUGGACAACACAGCUGCCAAUAGCUUUACUCUUCCUCUCCACUUGUACUGCUUCAUUUGGAGACUUGGAUCUUAAAUCCUCUGGCCAAUCCUUUUCUAACUCUUGCAACCAAGAGGGCCCCUUCCACCCCAACUGACUCUCUCUAAGCUGGCUGACAGAUAAGCCCCGGCUAGGUAGAUCUGCUGGAUUAUGUGACCCUGGGCAAUAUCUCCAAACGCUAGUAUCCAACAGCGACUGAAUCUCCAUUACACGGUUUGUAACAAAUGGUUUCCACUGUGAGGCUGAACCUCUGAUCCAGUGUAAGGUGGAAGAAUUGUCCGUCCAACAGACAAUGCGGCUAAUAGGACAGUCAAUUGAAUCUUUAACAUAGAUACACAGUCGAGCAGUUAUCACUGCAGCCAUUAGCUCCAAGCGAGGGAGACUAAUUUUUCGCACAGGAGCAACUCUUGUCUUAGACAUCACAAGGUUGUAGACGCCUUCCCUUCUUUAGGAACAACUCUGAUAUAGAUGGCGGUGGCAUACGCAACUUCUGAUGCAUCACCAAAUGCGUGUAACUCCACCUUUGCAUGCUGGCUUAAAGGCCAAUCAAUGUAACUUCUUGGAAUGUGAAGCUGUUCAAGCCCUGAAAGCUCUUGAACCCACUGAACCCACUUCCUAGAGGUUUCUUCCGGUAACUCAUCAUCCCAACCAACACCCUGGGUCCACAGACUCUGAAGCAAAAGUUUUGACCUUACUGUAAAAGGCGAGAUGAGACCGAUCGGAUCGAAGAUCUUCGCUGCUAAAGAAGCUAGUUCUCUCUUAGUGUACAAUGUCUCUGAUUUCGAUUUCAGAGAGUCCAAUUCAAUCAUAAAGAUAAGGCUGUCUGUUCUCGUAUUCCACUUUAGACCUAAAGCUUUCGUAACUGGAUGCAUUCCCGGUAGUUCACUCUCCAAUCUGAUCAAACUAUCUGAUGCUCUAUCUUUCUCAGGAAUGGCUUGCAUAACCUCAGGCGAAUUGCUGGACCAUCUUGUCAAAUUGAAAGCUGCUUGCUCCAUGAGCUGUUUUGAACUUUGCUGUAACCUCAUGGCUUCACGUACAGUAUCUUUCCCCGAGGCAAAGUCGUCAUCAUAAGUGUUCCUCAGGAUUUCAUCUGAUGCUUCAGGGAAUGUUUCUUUACAUCUCCUUGCGUGCUCUUGAGUAGUGCAGAUGGCAAGGAAUGGACUAGAAAUAACUCCAAACGUAAUUCUUGUCAUUCGAUAAAUCUUAGGCGUGGCAUCAGGGUCCAACUCUCUCCACAGGAAACGAUGUGAAUCCCUAUCGUCUUCUUUCAAGCCAAUCUGCAAGAACAUCUUUUCAACAUCGCCCAUGACCCCCACCUGAUUCUUUCUGAAGCGCAGAAGAAUUCCAACCAAAUCAGGGUGCAAUGCAGGGCCCGCUUCUAAGCAGCUAUUUAGAGACACACCAUUUAAAUCUCUCGCAGAUGCAUCAAAUACAACCCUCGUCUUAGUUGUUUGCUUAUCUUCUCGGAUAACAGCAUGAUGUGGAAGGUAAAACACAGGACGCCCAUCUGCUGGUGCAUACUGCUCAUAGGGUACUUCUUCUGCUACUCCGUCCUCCACAUACUUAUUAAUGGCCUCUUGGUAGGCCUUGGCUUUGGAUGAAUCUUGGAGCAGAUUCCUCUCCAAAUUAUACAGCCUACUUCUUGCUUGCUUGUAAUUAUCUUUCAGUACAACUUGCUCAUCUUUCCAUGGCAAUGAGACUUCAUACCGACCAUUCUUGUAUGCUAAUGUCUCUUUAAACUUCUUUAAGACUGUACUUUCACUUUGGCUGGUGGAAACUGACAUUUCAACAGGUGUAAUACCAAUGAACGCCAAGUUCCAGAACUUCUGAAGUGUAUCAUUUAGUUCUUGGUUAGCACAAACUUGAACGCUCAUAGACACCGUGUAAUCUUGGCCAUGACCACCCGUUGGUCCACAGAAGACCCAACCUAAGGAUGUACGAAGUGCCACUGGUUGAUUAGGACCACCUCUCACAACAUCUCUGGAUACAAAGGAAUAAUAGAAAUCCAAGCCAAUGAGAACAUCAAUCUCUUGCUCGUUUCGGGGGAAUUUCUCUGGAAACUUUAUAGCUUGAAGAUGAGGCCACUUGGAAGGAUAAACAUCCACAGCAUCAGCUGGACGGCAUAUAACUGGAGCAGUUAGUGCUUCAACACCUUGCGGCUUUCCAGGAUCACUGACCGGUGCUAGCGUAAAGGAAAUUCUCUUUCGCAAAGUGUCCCUAGCAGAUUUUCUUCCAAAACCCGAGACUGCGAUUCUCACGGUCUCCCCAUCAAGACCAAGCUCUUCAACCACACUCUGUUGGACAAAGGACGUUUUGGAGCCGGGAUCAAAGAAACAUCUGACAACCUUUUUACAACCAUUGGAUCCACAAAGGACAGCAGGAAUAGUCUGCAGGAUCAACUUCCCACCUGAAUUAACUGCAAUGGAACUUGCUACUAUGGAAGACGACGAGGGAGGAGUUGCAGAUGAGGAUGGUGGUUCAGAGGACUUUGAAUUGGCUUCUUCUGUUUGAGACUUGACUGGUUCCAAGUGCAGGAGACUGUGAUGUUUACCACGGCAGUAUUUACAGAGUGGUUUUUGACAAACUUCAGCUCUGUGACCAGAUUCAAGGCACUGAAAACACAGACCUUUGGAUACCGCUUUUCUAAAUCUUUCUUUGACUGGCAAUGACAGGAAACUGAUGCACGACCACACCCAAUGGUUUUUACCACAAAUGAUGCACGCACGCCCUUGAGUUGUCGUGCACAAGGCAGAGGUAGAGUACUUUCGUGAAGAGUUAGACUUGGAAUGGGCUCCAUGAUUCCAACUGUUUUCCUGUGCAGGGGACUUCGAUUGAAGCCAGGGAGGCUGGGAGAACUCCUUAGCUCUUAUUAACUGUUCUAAGAAGGCAAACAAUGUUUUCACUUUCACAUAGUCCUCUUUAUGGCCACCAGUUUCUAAUUCCCACUUCUCCACAAUCUUUUUAGGUAACUUGUCAACAAUUAAAGGCACGAGAACAGGCGCUAAGGUCUCGGAACGGAACUUCUCUCCCAUUGAUUCAACAGAACGAACAUGACCAACUACUUGAUCAUAAAAUUUACGCAUGGACAAUGCAUCUUCAGAAUUCAACUGUGGCAAAUAAAUUAGGGACCUUAUGUGUGCGUCAAGAAUCAACCGCGGAUGGCGAACCCGUUCCUUCAGAGACUCUAAUACUGGCUGAUAAUUCUCUUGUAUGACUGCAAACCCUUUAAUCGCUUCGGCAGCUGAACCUUUGAAUGAUCUCAUUAGGUAUUCUAAUUUCUGAACAUCAGCUAAAGAUGGAUUAUCCACGAGUGAGACUUUAAUUGACAGAUAAUAAGACUGCCAGCUUAAAACAUCCCCAUCAAAUGUAGGCAGAUCAAUCUUUGGAAGCUUCACUUGUACCUUGGGGCCUAACGACAACGGCGCUUGGGCCGCAGUUGAAUUACUUCCCGCGCUUUCCUUACCGACAUGUUUACUUUCUAAGUAAUGCAUCAUUUUCGCCAUGUAUUUAAUGACACGCAAUUCGUACUCGUUAUGACUCUCACAUUCUUCGUCAAUCUCUUUCUCUUCCAAUAGAGUACACAUUGAGGUCUGAACUUCUUGAAGAUCGUUCCAUUUAUUUGCAAUGUUAUCUUUCAAAACCUGAAUUCUAGCAUGGUUAUCGGGGAUUGACAGAGCUUCGUCGAUAGACUUCAAGGUAUCCGUCACGGACUUUCUAAGAAAACGUCUUUUCUUGUUAAUAGCCUCCAGGUCAUUCACCAUUUCCAUACACAAUCUCCACUAACCUUGAAUGACAGUUUCGUUCCUUAAAACACUCCAAAAUUUCUGCAAAGUUACAAGAGAUAAUGGCGCCAAUCGCCGCACUGCCAAGACCAACUUGACCAAAUUCUUCACCACAAACGGAGGUCCAAUUUCAAUUCUCCGCUGGUAUCUUCAAUGACUCGCCGACACUGUAGAUCCGGCUACUGAAGGACCAUGAAUAAAACGAUUUCUUGCAUAAAUCAACUGUAUUUACGAAAGAUAAACAUGAUGAACAAACUGCAAGAAUUUACAACGCAAGCGAAAAAAACACAUGUCCAAAAAACUAAAGGGGGGUCCGAGACCCUGAAGACUAAAUUAGGGCCUAGUUCCCACCCGUCCGAACAAUCUAACAGAAUAUAAAAUUUCAGUUCCGAACAUGGAGCGAAGCUACGCCGCGCCGAUCUCGAAAGUGGCGCGUCACAUGUCGGAUAGGAUCUGUGCCACACUUUGGUGCAGUGUGAACAGGCUCUUGAAGUCAAUAAAAAUAUGAAUGGGAACGUGAACUGGAAUCUACUAAGACGUAAGUAAAUAAUUUUCAGGGGCUAGGACUAGGAUUUGGUCCACCAAACCCUCUUGGCAAACCGCUCCGAUGCGACGUCAGAUGUGAGUGAACAGGUUUUUCCAGUUUGUGGCAAGGCAUUUACUGUUAUACUAUACCGAAAACACGAAAAUCUAUCCGUUAUGGUGUGAACAUUGCGUGAGUUUGUGCCAAAAAUAAGAUGUGCAUCUUAAUUUACGAUAACAAUGGUAGUCUUUACACUAGAGCCUAAAUAAGCUAAGAAAUGUUUCAAGACAAGUAAAUUUUAAAUUCUUCAAGUAAAGAAAAGCUUCACAAACAACCUAUCUUUUUUAUUUCAGGUUUACUUUAGCCUAUUUUCCCACGCAAGAUAAUUAAGAUUGAUUGACAUGCUUCGCCCACCUCAAAGCUUAGAAACCGCAAGUGCGCUAAGUCGGUUUUAAAGAUGGUUUUCAAGUCACUUGAAACUUUCUUGAAUCGUUUCAACUUUCCGACUUAAAUGAGAUGCAAAGUAAAGUUACUUGAGAUUUUACUUAGGCCUUCAAAGACCAUUUUUGGUUAAGUAAGACUUAGCAGCUCUUAAGUCUUUUUUAACAGCCUAGUGUAAAGACAACCAAUAAUUGUAAUAAGUAGUUGUCUCUAUAUGAAUGAAUGAAUAUUAUGGUGCCCAAGAAAAUGCUAAUUUAUUUCAACAGAUAUCAGAUAAUGAUACAAUGCUGGAAUGAAGAUCCCAACAAUCGUCCAACAUUUAAUCGACUGCGUGAAAUAACAACAGAAUUUAUUCAAGAAGAGGUAGGACAAUCUUUAAUCAAUGUAACGGUUAUUGCGGUCUGUCAUAUUGAAAAAAAUUAAAGAAUACAUUGAGCUUAAAAAACUUAUUGAUUGGCCUAAUUAAAUCGUCAUUUUGCAAUUAUUUGUUUACCCACGAAUCACUUAAGAGUUCUUAGGAACUAGUUCAAACGUGUCCGUGCGUUUCAGAUCAGUGGAAUUGUUGGUUUUUGAGGAGAGGGAAAGCCGGAGUACCCGGGGAAAAACCUCUCUGAGCAAGGGAGAGAACCAACAACAAACUCAACCAAAUACAGAGGCUGAACAAACCACGCUUGUGAUUCAAUUAUAUUUAAUUUGUGGCGAUUUUUUUUUUUAACCAAAAGCUUCUUUUUCACUAAUUUGCAGUUUAUUUAAGCUCGUGGUUAACGAAAAUAAGUAGUAAAAAAAGCACCCAUUAGUUCUUUUUCGGUAGGAAUCUCAUUAGUGAGGGAAGGGAUACCUGAACGCCUAUGACGUCAUGAUGUACACGAUUUGCGCGCCAAGAAUCAGUGAACCGCAACUAGAAUAAUUGGUUGCCUACAAUGGUUAAUGAAAGCGGGAGGAAAAAGAACUUAAUACAUAAUUACGUUACGAUUCAGUGAUUUUAAGCCACGGGCGAGUCAGUGCUUAUUCCUUCGACAGGACGAAUCAACCAAUGAAUACUUUUCUUAGUUUUUUUUAAUCCGCCAUUCCAGAAGCAAGAUAUUUACCGAUCUAAAACCUGUCAAACCGGUUAAGCCACCUAAAAAUAGCACACGACCAUAUCUAAUGAGUUUCCUCCGAGACAGGGACAAAAGGCUAUGACGUCAUCGGCGUUAAUGCGUUAAUUUUUAAUGAAAUUCCUGCCCAUAAAAGAGGCCAAACCGGUGCGCCCUAUACUUUGUCUACUAAAAUAGGCGUAGCCAUCCAAAAUUUCGUGAUUAAGCGUGUUUAACUCUACCCAUUUAAGCGAUUAUUUGAUUUGUUUUAAGAGGGUAUUGGUUGAAAUUUAUCGGACUGGGGCCUCUUUGAAUUGAAUAUGAAAGAAAAAUAAGAUAAAAAGAAGAGUUACGACACCGUGCAAACGACUUAUUGACAGACUCAAGCAAAACUGACUACGAGAAAAUGACUGGACAACCGACAAUUUGACUAACAAUAAACGACUGUUAAACUCUGACAAUAGACAUAUCCAAACACACCAACGACAUUACAAGUCUUCAUAGCCAAUAACAUCACAGCUCAACUGACGACAGACGACCAAUAACAUCCCGACUUAAUUGACCAAUCAGGUAAGUAACCGGAGAUUAAUACCAUCAACUGACGUGAUACAACUCACUUUGAGUCUGAAAAUGACUAUCAAACAGGUAGCCAAAACGUCAGUCACCGCCAACAACAGUCCUUUACAGGACUACGAUCUCACGGACGAUCCUACUCAAUCUACUUAUGAAAUGACUUCUACGUUCACACCUUUCACAAAUAAAAAGAAGAGUAUACACAAAACCAGAGUUUUGUUUACUAACUAUUCGCCUUAAAUAGUAAUUGUCAAUAUUUAAAUCUUUUUUCUCUUUUCCAUAAUUUUUAACAGCCCCAUUUUAAUUUUUUUCAGAAACAUGACGAAAGUAUUAAAACCUGUAAAGAAGGCCUAUCUAAUUAAAGCCAUCUCAGAUCGAAUGAAAUCUAGACAAGAUUUUGAUUCAAAGGAGACGUGCUAGAACGAAAAAGAAAGCGUUUAACCGAUUUUAUUAUAUAGGCACAAGUGUUUUACUGGAAAAUAUACCACUCGUAAAAUUUAUAAAAACUACAUCCGGGACCUGAGUGGUUUAUUUUCCAUAAUCUCACACGUGAGUUUAUCGAUGACAUAAUUUCGGUAAUUUCCCUCUAUUAUUUUAUCGAUGUCUUUUUGUCUAUAUAAUAAAAAGAACAUUACACGCCGGCUUGAAGAUAUGAAUUUUAUUUUCUCGUGGCAAAAACAAUAUUUUACUCACUCGCUGCGCUCGUUCGUAAAAUAUUGUUUUGCCACUCGAAAAUAAAAUUCAUAUCUUGAAGCCGCCGUGUAAUGUUCUUUUUAUUAUAUAGAAUCGCUGCGCUCGUUCCUAAAAUAUUGUUUUGCCACUCGAAAAUAAAAUUCAUAUCUUCGCGCCACCGUGUAAUAUCCUCUAUUUAUUACAACCUGACACUCGAAGUUUAUUUUCGAUAACUUUAAAGCUGUAGAAAAAACGGAGAGGGAAAGGCGGGAAACGGAAUGAUCCCCUCUCCCCCCGUUAUCAGAAUAAAAAAAGUUUUCAAAUUGUAUUAAUGGAAUAUUCAGUACAAGUAGUUACGUUUCCUUUAAUGCAUCCAGUUUGAGGAUACGAGAACUUACCGGACCUUUGUCUCAUUCGUAAUAAAAUAUCUGAAAUUACUAUAAGUAGUAUAUUGACGAGACAAGGGCCGUUAAAACUGCGUCUGGAAGGUUAGGACGGAAGUUUAUUUUGAGAGAUUAGUAUAUAAGAACAUCUAUUGUAACUUAUAUUUUCCAUUGCCCACUUUCAUCUUUCUUUUUUGUCAGCAUUACUUUGAACUGGAUAUGACCAAGUAUCAACCGAGCCUGUAUUCAAAUGUGGAGGAAUUGGCAGGCAUGAGCCAAGCUGUAUCACUGGAGGUUGAGAACACACACCUGUGAGAAAAAGUCGAGUAACUGGACACAAAUAUAGUGCGUCAAUCUGGAGGGUUAAACGAGCAUGGUUCAAGCUUUUUCACUUAAUGUCUAAAACUCUCAACUGUCAAAAAGGCAAAAACCAAAGAUAGAAAUCAGCAGUAUAGGGAGAAUGAUUUUUAGGAUUUCUAACAUGUUCGGACAAGUGGAUGAGCUCUAAGCGUUCACUUCUAAGCAAACUGACUGCUAUUUAAGGAAACUGUGAAUGAGAGCGGUAUUUGCGUCGGUGUUGGAGUGAAAUGCAAAGAUUUCGUUUUAUCAACUGAGUUGAUAAGGUAUAUUGGCCGCCAGAUACGUAAGAAGAUAGAAAAGCUGAAGUUUCAAGCGCUAAGACCGGUGACAAAAAUACUUGAGAAUCUGUACAUUUCGUUUGGCCUGCCCAUCAUCUUGUGUUCGUGAUCCCCCCUCACCCCUUAUCCAAGUUGCUAGCAAUACAAGACCAUGCUCAAAACUUGGAGGAACAACUUUGAAUGGAAGGGAGGAGGGAGGUGAGUAUUAUAUCUUACAGACGUGUGACUAGCAGUGAUUUGAAGUAAUUAAGGUCGGUUUUUCCUUGGAGUUUUUUACAACCGGUUGUUAAGCUCUUUGUCUGAGCGUGACGAGAUUCGUUCGCUUCGUGAUUCACUCUGAUGCUGUGCUGGCGCAUAAAACAAAAGCUUCUCUAUCUACCCACGGUGGCAAUGCAAUCUUCCUUAUCACGACUCAUCAGUUGAUAAAACCAAAUAUUUGUCUGAGCUAUAUAGUCAGUAUUCUAAUUCAUUUUGGACACUAUGCGAAAACAUACGCAGAGAGGACAAAGAACAGGAAAUGGUUGUGAAAGCAUCAUCAGGCAAGCCAGAACCGUUCCGUUUUUUAAUUAGAUAUUGUUUACAUCACAAUUUACGGUACGGACCGAAUAUUAUUUGGUCGCUUUAUUUGUAGACGCAUGUCAUUAUGACAUAAAGGCUGGAAAAAUGAGAGUCAUAAAAACCUAAUGACUUCGUCCUCUAUUUCAAAUAAAUUAAAACGAAAAAUAUAAAUAAUACAAGCAAAGAUGGUGAUUUAAAAAACUCAAUAAUAAUUCUGGAAAAAAUAAAAAUUUGAUGAGUGUUUUAAAAAUCCGCUGCUGAAAAUCUAGCUCUAAUUUUUUUGGAAAAAUAAUUUAUAAACAAAAGCUGAGAAUAGUGAUUUGAUAAAACACUCCCUCUUGCAGUUGCUAAAUAUUACAUUAAGAAUUGCACCUUGAGCUGUAUUCAAACAGUUUACGUAACAGUGCUGCGACUGAUUAAUCUUUCUCUAUUGAAUCGGAGUCAUAUUUGCAUCACAUUAACGUACCUCCAAGGGCUUUAAAGAAAAACUGACAUAACAAUGUAUUGAACUAAUACAGUCCGAAACGUUGAACCGCACGUAACUACUGGACUGACGGAGGGGAUUCUAAUAGACGCGAGAUGGCUAUAAUAAGUCGUUCCGUUUCUUCUUCGAUGCUUGUUUUUAUGUUCAUUGUUUGGUCUUCUACAAAAAAGCAAAGCCUGGGACAAGAAGGUAAGUGUAGUACCUUUUUGUUUUUCUUUAAUUUGCAACGACUGUAUUACGCUGUCUUAAUUCGGCCAGACAUAAGCGCAUCGUUGUCCGUUUACUUGAAAAAAAUGAGAGAGAGUGACAUUAGGGCAUCAUAAGUGAGAUUGGCUGUACAGUAAAGCCUACCCUAGCGAGACUGGCAAAGUUACGAAAAGAGCUACGAUUUAGUGGCCACAUAGUGCCUCUUAAAAAAUUUCCCGAAGUAAACUAAACAAGAACGCCUACCCCCUUGCGCUAGCGGUCUCCGUGGUUUCUAUUUCGUGCGCCCGCCCGGUGAUUUCUAGAGAUCUAUAAAGAUAUAGAAGGUCUAUGAACAGAAUAGAAGGCGCACUGUAUUCGUCUCCCUCUUUGCACGUCUCCAUCCUUUUCUUUUAUGAAGUAGAAAUAAAUAUGACUGACUUUGGAGUUAAGUUCUGUAAGAAAUUAAAAGACUUUGAUGGUUUAGAAUCAACCACGUUUGGGCAGUGAAAUCUCUCUAACACUUCUUUCGUACACAUAAACCUGUAGUUGUGUACACGUAAAUGAUUUAACAAACACAAGCACGUAACUGCCUUUAAGAAAGUCAUUCUCCUUCUACUUUUUCCAAGAGAGUAGAGGUAAAAAAAUGGAGAGCAGUAAACGAGUCGCUUUCAAACGGAGCUGAAUAGUCUGUGUAAUUUCUUUUUUUGAUUACAAGUAAGUUUCUUUAGCCAAGAACGAUUGACUAAGUCUGAAAGGAUGAUCGCUUGUAGGGAAAAUUUAGAGAAGAAAGAUUACUACAGUGUGACCAUGAAGUGGGAAUGGAGUAAUUUUAAUUUUCAGUGGACAAAAACCUUGUACCAGAAUAAUUCAAACACUAUUGCAUUCAUUUCUACAUUUUUCAAGGACUAAAGAUGUAAUAAAUCAUCUGUAGUAACACCAAACAAAAUUUCUCAUGGAAGUCUGAGAAAAUGAAUGUCAAAUUUCACAAGAAUUGUGAUUACAUAGGUAAAAUUCUGAAAAUUAAUUUCAUGUGUAAGAUGUAAUUUUGUGAAAUUUGACAUUCAUUUUCUCGGGCUCCCAUAAGAAAUUUUUUUGGUGUUACUACACUGAUUUAUUACAUCUUUAGCCCUUGAAAAAUGCAAGAAAGAAUGCAAUAUGCUUUAAAUUAUUUUGGCACAAGAUUUUUGUCCACUGAAAUUCAAAAUUACUCUAAAGGUGUAAAUCAAAGUGUUCUCAAUUCCCCGCAAAAACCGUUGGCUUAAGAAUGAAAACUACAAUACACCUUAAAAGACCCCCUAGAUGAGUGUGCCUUCUACGUAUUGGUACUGGCACUCACAACAAUCAAGGCUUACAGCCAGAAAAUGUCUAAAAACGCCCCUGAAACGUAAUUGGAUUGAACAUAGUCGACCCAGUUUGAUUAGUCGUACAUAUACGUACACAAUAUAUUUAAUACAUGAUGUACUAGAUAAGAGGAGUUGUUAGUAAGUGGAGCACUAAUUUUUGGCUAUAUCAUAAUGACUUUUUCUUACAUAAGUAUUAAAUGCAACAAAUGUGACUCAGUAAAGGGUCAAUGGGAUACGAGUUAUUCCAUUUACUUGUAAAUGAAAGGUAGUGAAACAAUAUUUUAUCUCCAGGAGUUACGUCCUAGCAAUAGGAUAAUCCGGAUGUGCCGAUAGAUAGAAACGCAUUUCACGUCUGGGCCGGGUUUCAUUUUAAUUAGAGUUACUAGAAUGAGAUCGCAAGUUUUUGGGAUUUGGGGGAUCAGAAAAUUCCGGUAGGUAGGGAAAUGGUAGGGAAAUGGAAAAUGGGAAGAUUCAUUUCAGGAGGACCUAGCUAAAUGGCUUUAUAAAGUAGAUGCAUAAACAGAAAGUUACUAAGUUGGGAUCGCGAAAAUUAUAUUUUCCUAAAAGUGACUAAGGUGGGGUCUACAUUUGGCCACAGAAUAUAGACUAUAAUGGGGUAGAGGUUCUGAGAGACCAGUGGCACAUACCCAACAAAAAUUAACCCAAGUAACCCCUCUCCCCUUUCGCGAUUUUAUUAGGGAGCUUUAGCAACGACGACGGCGACGGCAACGAGGACGUCAAAAAGAGCAAUGGGUUUAUUACGCAAAACAACAACUUUGCACGUGCAUCACGCUUUUUUUGUACAUUUCUUUUCCGUCCUUGCACGACUACGACGUGAAAAUGCCUAAUCGCAAGAUUUAUAGAGGACGUAAACAAGCGACGACGAAUCUCUUUUUCUCUCUCUAAACUUGAGUGCGGUCCUCAAGAAAUCAGCUUCAGGGAAAUUCGCCUACACUUGCCAUUUUCAGCAAAUUGGAAUAAACGCGACAAAGAUUGAAAAAACGCGAAUUCAUUUUCCAACUGACAUUUUCGCUGCCGUUGCCGUCGUCGAUGCUAAAGCUCCCUAAUACCUAUACUAAGGACAAGUGACCUUAAUACUUUUCGACAGUAAUAAAACAUUCAAGUGUUCAUCACUUUUGACACAUAAGGCGCUGUCAGGCUAGUGUCAUUAGUCGAAUAAAACACCAAAUGCGAGUUUAUUAAACGACCUCAGAAACCUUUCUCUACAUAUUAACAUUUUUUUGAGUAAUCAUGAGUUUCUUAUUACCCCUCGGAGCUAAAAAAAGCUAAUCCGUAUUUUAUCAGAUCUAAAGACAAUAAUUCAACCCAUUUUUCUUUUAUGUUUCCUUUAUUAUUGUUUUUAAUCAAAUUUGAUCAAUACGCAAUAAUAGCAGCUGCUUUAUAAAUUAUUUGUAUUUUCCAAACCGUUCUUUUAAAACUGCAUUUCCCUCUUCGAAUACAGCUUUAAUACCUUUUCUCAAAUUGAUGAAAAUGUAGGUGUGAGGUUUUAAUACUGGCGAGCAUUGUAGCUGUUACUCAUUGAGGAAGCGUACACAGUGAAGAAACUGAAGUUAAAGUCUGGCAAAUAAACAUCUCGCAUGAAUAAGAAUUCAUGUCACUCUCUACUCUUAUCAACAACAACUUAAAAAUUAGUCGAUCAGCCCGCGAGAAUAGUUCAAUUAUUACAAAAACAGGUUUUUUUUAAAUAUAUAUAAGACAUCAUAGAAACCAGCAAAAUUUUUAAUUCUAUAAAGUGAUUAGUUUGAUUCAAUUUCUACUUCGUGAUUUGGAUGUAGCUAGAUGAUCAGAAAAACAGAAAAAUGGUGGCGAGAGUCGAAUGACGUCACAGUUGCUUAUAUUCCAUCUCAACUUGUAGAGCUGAUAUCGCUGAUCGGUCGGCUGGAGAGGAGUCGACUCUAAAGCGUCUCCAGCUAGCUUGGUAUUGGCCAGUGCGCAGAAUGUCAACCUUUGAGAAGUGCUUGUUGGGGUCAGUCCAUCCCUUGACUUGGUGGGAAAAGGACUUCUGUGGUCUUCCUGGGGUAUUCUCCCAUGGGCGGUUUAAUAGAAAGCGUGUAGUGGACAUUGCUGCGUUCGUCCUUCUCCACGCGCAAAAUGCGACCAAGGAAGUUAAGCUGUCGUAAGAUGAACGUCGACAGCACAGAGCUGUUGAAAUUCUGUCUUUUAAGACAUUUUCCAGACCUUUGAUGGUCAACAUGUUCCUAUUACAUGAGGUGGCGAAAGUAUUUAGUCUCUCACCCAAAUCUUUGGUGACGAUCCACGUUUCGCUGCCAUACAGUAAAACGGAUAAAACAGGUUGCUCUCAAGAAGCCCAGUUUUAGGACCAAAGGUAUUGACUGAGAGCACUAAAUCUUGUCGGGGGUCCAGAAUGCAGACCCCUGAGAGACUUCAUAGCCGUAUUUGCCUUUUCCGUUGUGUGUGGGGUCAUUUUAGUGAGGAGGUCCGAUUCAUCCGACUUAUCAUUGGCCGUUCUUAUACUAAGGAGGCAUUAUCAGUCUGGACGAACUUGGGCAAACAUUUUGUAGUCCGUCUGGGUUAUGCGUCUCUAGUAUAAAGACGGGCACAAGACGCAUUAUGCGUCCAGACGAACUACCUUUCGUAGUGCGUCGUUCAAGACGUAUUUCGAAGGAAAGUUCGUCCAGACGCAUAAUGCGUCUUGUGCCCGUCUUUAUACUUGAGACGCAUAACCAGAAGAACUACAAAUGUUUGCCCAAGUUCGUCCAGUCGGAUAAUGAGUCCUUAGUAUAAAAACGGCCAUAGAAGCAUAUCCGUCUGGACGGAUAAUGGGUCCUCUAGUAUAAAAAAGGCCAUUGUCGUAUAGCGGUGAAAAUGGCAAAUGUGCGGAUUCUGUCUGCUGACUGUUUGGGUCACUACGGUACCUCCUUUUUACCGCGACAGAACUCUUUCUGUUCUUAAUACCACACAUAAUGUGUAUGGAUGCCUAAGGUUUUAUUUGUCUCUCCCUUUUCGUCCGCGUUUGCUAAGAUCUCUACCUUAUCUUUUAGAUCCUUGGCCUGAUCUACCUGGUAGGAUGCAUUAAGUAUGUUUUUAAAAUCCUUAAACCUUUCUGGAGGUAGCUGCCUUAAGGAUAGGUGUUUGCUCUCGGCUUCGUCAUCUCGAGCUUUCAGAGGGCUUCUGUUUCUGAUCUUUGGAGAGCCAGUUUGGUGAGUCGCUUGAAACACUUGCCAACAACCUCUUUGGUAGUGCUAGUCGUAAUUCUUUCGAAUUGAUUGUAUUGUACCUGGUGGUGAUUGGCUUAACAACUGGGGGUGAGGCGAAAGGGUUCGAAAGUUUUAGCUGAAAUGAUGUUUUCAUCACAAGAUUUGCGAGUCUCUGCCAAUUGUACUUUUUGCAGUUAACAGGUUUGCCUUAUUUAGUUCUAAUACUCACUUAAGAAAAAUGGUACUUAGGAUGCCGUGACCGGCGUCCGCUAUUGUAGGCUCGACAGUCCCUUAGGUUGGCUAACUAAGCACUGACUAGGAUCUUGUCAAGUUGAGCAGGAAAGCCCAGUGGGGAAAUGUGCACUGCCCAGACCUGGGGUGAGGAAACUGGGAUUGAACUUGUCGAAGGUUAGUUCAAGGCAAAAGCAAAGAAGCCAGAGUCUCUCGCCUGUUUUGUUAGUGGUGUCAUGUAGAAGUUAGGGAGUGGCUUCUCUUGGAGCUUCUUGAUAAAUGUCUUGGCCUAUGCUAG